UUUUGACUAUCUUUAAAGGGCUUUCUCAACCACGCACACAGCUCAAUUGAGCACCAGUUCUUCACAGUCAAGAUGGCAUCGUUUGCGAAAGCUUGCCACCUUUCGGCAAGACUCACAACUCGGCAAUUGCGACAGGAUGCGGCUGCUCGAGGUGCGCUGUUCCCCGGAAGAAAUUAUUGGGGAUUACUGACAUUGGAACAGGCUUCCGAACAUCGGCGGCCUCAAUGGCUGCGCAGAACUUCACGAUGCCUGCCCUGUCACCUACCAUGACGGAGGGAAAUAUUGCUAGUUGGAAAGUGAAGGAGGGGGACUCUUUCUCAGCGGGGGAUGUGCUCUUGGAGAUUGAAACCGACAAGGCGUCCAUGGAUGUGGAGGCUCAGGAUGAUGGAGUCAUGGCAAAGAUAACGAAGGCAGAUGGAUCAAAGGGAAUUCCCGUUGGAACACAAAUUGGGGUUAUAGCAGAAGUUGGAGACGACCUUGGCAGCUUGGAGAUGCCCUCCGAAGCGGAUGCUGCCCCAUCGUCAAAGAAGGAAACAUCGAGCCAAAAGCUCUCCGAGCCCAAGGCAGAAGCUCCCGCAAAGUCUUCCAAAUCCGCUUCCUCGACGAAGUCCUCCAAGCCGGCAAAGAAACAGACAAAGCCUCUCCUACCAUCAGUUCAAGCUUUAAUCCACCAGAAGGGACUCGAACAAUCAGAUAUUGACAAAAUGUCACCAAGUGGACCAAAUAACAGACUGCUAAAGGGUGAUGUACUUGCAUAUCUGGGCUCGAUUUCUGAUUCCUACCCCUCAGAACUCUCUAGCAAGAUUGCGAAGCUCAGCCAUCUGGACCUCAGCAAUAUCAAACUCGCUGCACCUGCACCAAAACCAGCGAAGAAGGCCGAAGCAGUUCCAGGGCCAGCGGUUGAAAAGGACCUUGAAGUUGCUAUUCCAAUUUCCAUGGCUCAAGUCAUUGAAGUCCAACAACGAAUUCAAAAGACAUUGGGGGUUUUCAUGCCACUAUCUACUUUCAUUGCUCGAGCUACAGAUGUCGCCAACGACGAAUUACCACGAUCUAAAACAUACAAGCCAUCUUCAGAUGAUUUAUUCAACCAGGUCCUAGGCCUCAACAAGGUUCCAAGUGCAGGUGGUGCCAGAGGCAACUUCUUACCUCAAAUCACAGCACUUCCCGGAACAGCUCCAACGAAGGGUACAAAAUCGGCAGCCAAGAGUGCAGAUAUCAUUGAUAUCCUCUCUGGAACCACGAGACGAAAGGUCCCUACGUACUCUGCCAAGCCAGGAAUAUCUGCAUCUGUCAAUGUUUUCAGCGUCAAGGUACCAAAAGGCGAUGAGAAGAGAGCUCAAGUUUUCCUUGACAGAGUAAAGACCGUCUUGGAAGGAGAGCCUGGAAGGCUUGUCUUGUGAGGUCUUACCAUUUGUGUUGUAGUAUAGACAAAUAAUAUUUUGAUGAUACCACUA